AUGUGUGAAGACGUGACUUUUCCUUCUCGUGCAACGCAAAUUAUAUGCACACCACAAAAAACCCAAAACAGUUUUUCCCUUCAGAAUCACCUACAGGCUUCAUAAUUGGCUCAGCAAAUACGUAAUCCUUGGGCAGUAAUGUCUCACUUUACACGAGAUAUAAAGGCCACUACUCCGUCGCUGUAACCAACAAAAGCCGCAUAUACCAUUUGAAGGAAGAAAUUUAGAUUGGAGAAGCUUCAUGGGGACGUUGGAUGAGCAGAAAGUGAAUCAAAAGAAGGCCUUUGGAUGGGCGGCCAGGGAUACUUCUGGUGUUCUCUCUCCCUUUAAUUUCUUCAGGAGGGCAACGGGGGAGAAAGAUGUGGCAUUCAAAGUGGCGUAUUGUGGGAUGUGCCAUUCGGAUCUUCACAUGAUCAAAAACGACUGGGGGCUUUCCACAUACCCUCUUGUUCCGGGGCAUGAGAUUGUUGGCGUAGUGACUGAGGUUGGGAGCAAGGUGGAAAAGUUCAAAGUGGACACAGUGGGGGUUGGAUGCUUGGUAGGAUCAUGCCGCUCUUGCGACAGCUGUGCUAACAAGCUUGAGAAUUACUGCGCCAAAAUGAUACUAACUUAUGGUGGCACAUUCUACGAUGGAACCACCACAUACGGAGGUUAUUUCGAUAUUAUCGUUGCCGAUGAGCACUUCAUUGUUCGUAUUCCUGACAGCUUACCAUUUGAUGCCGCUGCCCCUCUGCUCUGCGCCGGUAUUACAGUUUAUAGUCCUCUGAGAUACUAUGGACUCGACAAACCCGGUAUGCAUGUGGGGGUAGUUGGCCUUGGCGGUUUUGGCCAUGUAGCAGUCAAAUUCGCUAAAGCUAUGGGGGUUAAGGUGACUGUGAUUAGCACCCCUCCUAACAAGAAGAAGGAAGCUAUUGAGCAUCUUGCUGCUGACUCAUUUUUAGUUAGCCGUGACCAAGAUGAGAUGCAGGCGGCAAUGGGCUCAAUGGAUGGGAUUAUCGAUACUGUAUCCGCACAGCACCCUCUGAUGCCAUUGAUAGGACUACUGAAAAUUCAUGGAAAGAUUGUUCUUGUUGGUGCACCGGAGAAGCCACUAGAGCUGCCGGCUUUGCCUUUGCUCCUGGGGAGGAAGAUCGUGGGUGGUAGUGCAAUUGGGGGAAUGAAGGAGACUCAGGAGAUGGUUGAUUUUGCAGCAAAACAUAAGAUAACAGCAGAUAUUGAGGUUAUCCCUAUAGAUUAUGUAAACACCGCCAUGGAGCGUCUUGUGAAAGCUGAUGUUAGAUACCGAUUUGUCAUUGAUGUUGCUAACACAAUGAAAUCAUCCACCUCUAGUUAACCAGUUUUAUUCUCACAAUCACAUACAAUUAGGAGGAUGAAUAUUGAAUCACGGGAAUCUCUUAUUCAUAGUGGUUUCAGUUCUAUUUCGUGUAGUUUCAAACAUUGUUUUCUUCGAUAAAUGUAAGGAAUAAAUGAUGUUUUUCGCUGGCAUUACCAUA